AUGGCUCGCGAGUUGAUGAGUGGCGACUCGUCCGAUAGCGAGGACGGAGGUGCAGAGAUCCCAUCCAAGCCGGUGAUCAAGGUCAAUGAGGAAUACGCCCGCCGCUUUGAGCAUAACAAAAAGAGGGAGGAACUGGCGAGAUUAGAAGAGAAACUUGGCAAAUCCUCGAACACUCGAAAGCGCAAGCGGGACGAAGCCGACGGCGCGGGUGGCGACGAAUCUGGCUCUGAUGAAUCAACGAGCGAGACCGAAGAUGAAGGGGAAUUCGCUACCGAGGCGCUCGACAGCGAGAUCAUGGCUACUAUCAACGCCAUUCGUUCGAAAGACCCCCGAGUUUACGAUGCGUCUGUCACCUUUUAUUCUCAUGGCGAUAAUGAGCGAGAGACGAAUACUAAGACUAAGAAGGAGAAACCAAUGAAUUUGCAAGACUACCAUCGACAGAAUUUGCUUAAUGGGGGCACUGUCGAGGCCGAAGAAGACGCUGCUCCCUUGUCAUACAAUCAAGAGCAGGAGCAGUUGAAGAAAUCAAUCAUUGGCGAAAUUCAUGCAGCUGCGGCCCACUCCGAUGGCGAAGAUGAAGAGGAUGGCUCCGGCGAUAACAAGUUCUUGGUUGCGAAACAUAAGGAGAAGCCAUCUACGAAGCAGCAGCCUGUUUUGGACAUUGAAAGCGCGGCCAAAGACCCCGAGACAUUCCUGUCGAACUUCAUGGCCUCCAGGGCCUGGGCAACUUCGGAUGCUGCUACCCUCCACCCCUUCGAAUCAGAUGAUGACGACGAGGAGCGUCGAGCAGAAGAGUUUGAAGAAGCAUACAAUCUCAGGUUCGAAGAUCCCGAGAAAUCAAAUGAGAAGCUGCGCUCGCACGCAAGAGACUUGGCCGCGAAAUAUUCGGUGCGAAGAACCGAGGCGAAUCCGAGACAGAAGAAGAGAGAGGCCGAAAAGGCAAACAAAGAAGCCGAAAAGCAGCUGCGAAAAGAAGAGAAAGCUCGCCUGCGUAAGUUGAAGAUUGAAGAGCUCGAGGAGAAGGUGCGGAGAAUCAAGCGAGCCGCUGGUAUUCGAGCCAAGGAUAUCCGGCCUGAAGACUGGUCGCACUUCGUCGACGGUGACUGGGACGGCAAGAUGUGGGAAGAAGAAAUGCAGACGCGCUUUGGUGAUGAAUAUUAUGCAGAGCAAGAUGCUGCCAGCGAGAGCGAUGCCGAAGGGAAGAAGCAGAAGCCUCGCAAGCCCAAGUUUGAGGACGACAUCGACAUAAAAGAUAUUGUUCCCGACUUCGAAGAGGACGAAAAAGCGGAGUUCAGCUUGACAGAUGAAGAAAAGCCGGCAAAGAAGCGGAGGAAGAACAAAAUAGAGGACAAGGACGACAAGAAGGACGCAAGGAGAGAGCGGAGGAUCAUCGAACAACUGGUCGAUGACCAACUCCAGAUGGAACUCGAUGCGUCCGUGUCAAACCACAAGAACGCAGCUGGGUUCAGAUACCGAGAGACAUCACCAAAGAGCUUUGGUCUGACUGCCAGAGACAUCUUGUUGGCCGAGGACAAAGCCUUGAAUGAGUUCGCCGGGCUGAAGAAACUGGCAUCUUUUCGCGAUCCAGAGAAGAAACGCAAAGAUGCAAAGAACUUGGGGAAGAAAGCGAGACUAAGAAAAUGGCGCCUUGACACGUUUGGUAAUGAGGAAGGUCUCAAUGCGAGCAAUUUGAUCCCUCCGCUGCUGGACGUCCAGGAGGAGCUCGACGAGGACGAGGCUGGAGUUGACAUAAAAACGGAAGGAAAGAAGAAAAAGAAGAGAAGAAAGAGCAAGAAGGCGAAGGUUGAAGUCGACGCUGUGGCUGGAUGA